CUUGUUCACAACGACAAUAAUGGCAUUCGACACCGAGGCUGUCUUCGAACUUCUACCAAAGGACGAGGGACUUCUGCCGAAAUGGCAAUUGCUGGUGGUUGCCAUGGCGGUCUUCAACACCAUACAAAACUUCGCCACGUUGAAGUUGACGCGCAAGCUCUACACACGAGUCGCACCUAAUCAUGUCACCGCUCUGCAAGCGAGGACCUUCGCAGUCUGGACUCUGACAGCUGCGAUUGUCCGCGGGUACGCCGCAUACCAUAUCCACGACAAAAGGAUCUAUGACAUGGCUCUCUUCACUUAUCUUAUUGCUUUCGGUCACUUUUCCUCUGAAAUUUUGAUAUUUCGAACUGCUAGGCUCAACUCCGCAGCCCUGAGUCCGGUGAUCGUGUCCACUGUGUCUUUGAUAUGGAUGUUGCGUCACUACGACUUCUACGUCACUCCCUGAGCACCUCCCGCAGAUGGACACGUUGUGUAUUCUCAAUAACCAAUGUGCAUUUGUUUUAUGAACAUCCCCGAGGGGUUAGAAGGAGUUAGUACUAUCGAUGCUCGACCGGGUAGGCCUGAUGCAAGGACGAAGCACUAUUCCUAUCGAAAAGGGGCUAGUUCAGAACAGACGAACCCUGCUGCUCACGGGAAAUCCAAAUCCGGG